ACUGGCUUGUGGUUGUCGUUUUCCUUCCUCACCUUCACAUCUCCUACUUCCUUUGGAGAUGAACAACUCUGACAAAACCUCUCCACAAGAAAGAGUACCUGCUGCACACCCAGAGUCCUCAAAACCUGAGCCCACCUUAUUAUGUUCUACAGGUGGUCUUAAAAAACACGUUUAUUGCCUCACCUCAUUUAAGUCAUUCAGCCAUUUAAUUAUUUUAUUUAUUUUGACAUGUCUGACUCUCUCCCUGUUUUAUUUUCCCCAGAGACCUCGGUCAGCUUCCUCUUUCUCUCUCCUUGCAUUGUGAGGCUGAGGAGGAUCUCUAGCUUGCCCGGUUAGUAAUUUUAAUUUUAUAAUUUUUCCCUGUUUUAUUGUGAGCUUGCUCUGCUAACUGUAAACACUGCUAUCAGCAAGAAUGUACGACAUUAAAGAUUGAAUUAACUAAAUUUAGCUGACAUAAAAAAAUACAUUAAUAACAAAAGAAAUGUAAAAAGCUACAUUUAAAUCUUCUAUGAAUGUAUAAAAUCUAAUACCUUUAUACUACAUAAAGUAUUGAAACUCUGGAACAAUAUGACUUAUUAGGGUCCCAUAUAGUUUUACUGUAGCGUCCCUUCAACACCACUCUCCGCCGCUAGAUGUCGCUGGUCCCUGCGUGUUGUGGCUUGUAGGCUGGGGGGGUGGGCUGGCUGGAUGUGGACUGCUGGGGGCAGCUGGGUAUGUGUGUGUCUGUGAGUGUGUUUAAGACGCGUCGACUGGAGCAGGAGCAGCAGCAGCAGGAGGGGGACUUGAAAACUUCCCUGCGUCCAGUAAGAGCGGGGAUUUGGCGAUUUAGAGGCUUCCAGUCCAGCUGCGAUCGUCGGAGAGGAGGACCGAUCCGGUUCUCGGCACUGGAACCAUUUCCGGCCAACAUGGAUGAUUUAGAUGCUUUGUUGGCGGACCUCGAGUCCACAACAUCCCACAUCUCGAAACACCCCCUUUUCCUGUCUGAAGAGGCCGCCUACUCUUUUCCUGUGCGGGGUCAGACCCAGCAAGACAUCUGCUCUCCAUCCCAAGUCCCACCUACUCCCUCAGACCAAGCUCUGAAUGGAGUAGAAGAAAUAGAGUCUGUCGGCACAGCGCAGAGAAGUCCUUGGUCUAGAGAUAGCAGCAGUCUAGGCCAACCCACUGGUGGAGAGGACCACGUGUACAGUCUCCCUAAUAAACAUAAGAGCAGUGACUCAUCAGCUGGUGCAAUGAACUCACUGGGCAGCAACCUGUCUGAGCUGGACCGCCUGCUGUUGGAGCUCAACGCUGUGCAGCAAAGCACCCCUGCCUUCGCCACAGAAGAGGAAGCUGCUCCACCGCUGCCUGGCAGCAGCAUUGUCCACCACGUACAGGAGAAUGGAGUCUCCACUGCAGGUAAAGCCACUGUGGUGGAGAAGCCCAAACGUAGUGGACCCACUCGAGGAAUCGAGGACGUUCGACCAAGUGUGGAGAGCCUUCUGAAUGAAUUGGAAAGCUCUGUCCCAGCACCACAUCCCGCACCGUUGGUGGUGUCAGAUGAGCAAACAGAUGGACAAGAAACGCUGUCACAACAACAAGCCAGAAUGUCUGCCUCCUCUGCCACACGAGAGCUGGAUGAGCUAAUGGCCUCCCUGUCUGACUUCAAAGUGCAAAGCAAUUCUGGCUCUCAGGUGUCUGUCAAUCAAGAUGCAGUUGACCCAUUAUUAGUUGCUGGUUCACCGGUUAUCCACCCAAUAACUAACCCACCUAUAACGCCUCAGAUUGGUUCCCCUGAUACUCCUCUACCCAAUAGUUACACUGCUCCGUCCUGUACACCACUCCCGCUGGAACUCCACAUAGAUGAAGAUGGUGGUUCAGCUCUUGCAUCUUCACCUCUUUCUGCUGUAGUAAUAGCAUCAUCUAAGAGCCUUCAGUACUCUCAGAUCCAACAGAAGGCUGAUGAUGGCACUGUCACUUCUGAGAUCUCACAUGUUGAGAGCUUUAGUUUUUCCAGUACUGUAAAAACCUCCAGUGAAACUGAAGUUGACACCCCCACUCAUAUAAUAACUAAAGAGUAUGCUAGUCCAGGUGCUGCUGCCACGAGCUCCAAACCCGUGGUUGUUUCUAAAAGUCCUGUUACAGUCUCUAAAAGCCCGAGUCCCACUGUUAAAGGCAAGAGUCCCAGUCCUCCUGAUGUUGAAUGUAAAAGCCCGGUCCUUAAAAGUCUCAGUCCUGCUCCUGUAAGUCACAGUCCACAAACAGCAAUACAGAGGGAUAGCCCAGUUACCGUGCCAACCACCAUGGAAACAGUGCCCAAGUCAGCUAGUCCAUUAACACUUCCGAGACUUUCAAGUCCAAAGAUUUCAAGUCCUGUAACAAUUCCUAAUAUCUCUAGUUCUCCAGCUGUAUCUAAAAGCUCCAGUCCUGAAACAGUCCCAAAAGAUACUUGUCCUAAGAGUCCUGCUCCAGUUAGGGGGAAAACAUACACAUUUCCAAGCAGCAGCAGUCCCACAGGGUCUCCAGUUUCGGUCGCCACUGUGCCGUCAAGUGGCUUUUAUGCACCACUUAUAGAAAGUCAGGGAGGCGAAGUGCUGGGUUUAACGUGGCCAUGCCGGAAGCCUUUUUUGGAUGAUACUUUAGAGAAACUUUUAUCAACCGACUCCACUCGACUGGGUGAGAACCAGCCACCGACUGCUUUUGUGCCCGGGGAAGAAGACAGAUCUUGGGAGGAGGAAGAUGGAUUUUAUCCAGAUCUCAGCCUAGAGGGAACCCUGACACCCAUGACUGAGUCCAGCUGGAUGGAUGAGUGCUUUACCCCCUCCACCUGCCCUGGGACUCCAGAUGCAACGCUGGACUUGCCCAUACAGCAGCCCUCUGCUGUUGACCGUCUAUCUGCUUCUGGUCAACUCAAGUCAGUUAUCCGCCGCACCAAAGAGACGUCCAACGUGCACCCAAUGUACAGGGAGGGAAUGUUGAGACGUAAAAUGGGACCAAUCAUUAUAAAUAAAAGCAACUCGCAAGAUCGACUUAUUGAAGAGCUGCAGGGAAAACUGGGGAUCGGGCGGUUGGAGCGCAGGCGUAAACAACAGCCCGAUGACUGGUUGACGGAGGGAGUCAUUGUUACAUCCAACCCACAGCGGACACGAGAGGAAGGGAUUCAGCCAUCUGUGGAUAAGAUCAUCAUCCCUCCUGAAUCACCCGCCCCACAGAGAAAAGUCCUUCCCCCUCCACUGUCUCCCCCAGUUCUCAAAAAGCCACCCCCCAUCAAGCAGACUCCUCCGCCACUACCUCCUCCCCCUCCAACCCCACCUCCUCCUCGAGAACCUACCCCUCCACCUCCCAAGGAACCUAGUCCUCCUCCUCUUCCUCCUCCUCCUCCCCCACCUCCUCCUCCUCCCAGGGAGCCCACACCUCCCCCUGUCCAACCUCCUCCAUCACCUAGCCCUCCACCCAAGCCGGUCACGCCACCCCCGCCUGCCAAGCUCUUUGUAUCAGUGGGUUGUCAGACAGAGUACGACCCCAUCUUUCCACCGAUUCAGAUCCAUUCACCGGGAAUGACUUCUCCCUCUCCUGCCCCCAAACCAGCCAACAAGCUGGACAACAUGCUGGGAAGCUUGCAGUCUGACCUCAACAAACUUGGCGUCCAGACAGUGGCUAAAGGGGUCUGCGGUGCUUGUAAGAAACCGAUUGCUGGGCAGGUGGUGACUGCCAUGGGCAGAACGUGGCACCCCGAGCACUUCGUGUGCACCCACUGUCAGGACGAGAUUGGCUCUAGGAACUUCUUUGAGCGCGAUGGGCACCCUUACUGCGAGAAAGAUUACCACAACCUGUUCUCACCGCGAUGCCACUACUGCAAUGGACCCAUACUGGAUAAAGUAGUGACUGCUUUGGACAAGACUUGGCAUCCAGACCACUUCUUCUGCGCUCAGUGUGGAGCCUUUUUUGGUCCAGAAGGUUUCCAUGAGAAGGAUGGAAAGGCGUACUGCAGAAAGGAUUACUUUGACAUGUUUGCCCCUAAAUGUGGUGGAUGUGCCCGUGCCAUCCUUGAGAACUACAUUUCUGCUCUUAACUCGCUCUGGCACCCUGAAUGCUUUGUCUGCAGGGAGUGCUUCACGCCAUUUAUAAAUGGCAGCUUCUUUGACCACGACGGCCAGCCAUACUGCGAGGCUCACUACCACGAGCGCCGUGGCUCGCUGUGCUCUGGCUGCCAGAAGCCCAUCACCGGCCGCUGCAUCACAGCCAUGGGCAAGAAGUUCCACCCCGAGCACUUUGUGUGCGCCUUCUGCCUCAAGCAGCUUAAUAAGGGCACCUUCAAAGAGCAAAAUGACAAGCCCUACUGCCACGCCUGCUUUGUUAAGCUCUUCAGUUAGACUCUGUGCCUGUGUGCCAAUGUGUGUGUACAUGCGUCUACACGUUUAAUGUCUAAAUGCACAUGUGGAUGUAUGUGCACUUGUAUGUCUAUGUGCAUCUAUGAGUCAGUGGUUUUUCAGACAGGAGGCGUUAAGGUGAGAAAUGUUUCCUGACUCUUAACUCCUGAUACUGGAGGGACUUUCCGGGUUGCCCAACCUCUUAGGGUUUGGCCUUUUACACUUUUACUAAAGAGAUUUUUAACAGAGCCCAAAGAGAUUUUUAUUUUACUCCUGUGCUUGACAGGAUAAGGGAAAUUGUUUUUUUUGGGGUUUUUUUUUAAAUUUCCCCUUCUGUGUGUGUGUGUGUGUGUGUGUGUGUGUGUGUGUGUGUGUACAUAAGUAAGCAUAUGAGAAUCAAGAUAAGAGCCCUGAUUUGCAAAUGAUUUUCUGCCCCCGCUGCAGGACAACAUCCUGCAUCAUGUGGCAGCGAAUCUAUGUUGGCUAGUUUAAUGCAGAUAUGUAACAGUUGCUUGAUUGCAUGGACCACGGAGAGUUGAGUUGCGCAGUUUAAAUGUAUGUGGAGAGUUGAAUACACAGUGCUUGACUAACGAGUGUUUAAAAAAAAAAAGUAUUUUUCUAGAUUUGGAAACUAUUGAGGUGCCAUUUAAAAUAACUAUGAAAACUCCCCAUACAUAAAUAUGUAUAUGGAGCGCAUAUGUACACUGAGACACACACUGAACCAUUUCUCCUUUACUUGUUUAAAAUACUCGUCCAGUCUCAGCACACGCCAACAGCAGCUCUUGAUGAGACCGUCUUCAGGUGCAUUUUCUAAGUUGGUCCUCCUGACAUGAGUUCUUGUUUUUUCUACAGUUUUUCUAUGGAAAUGAACCCAGGUGUUUUCACAGUUUAAACAUAGGUUACUCACAUUUCUGCUCACAUUUCUAGCGUGAUUAUUUCCCAAUAAAAGUGAAAUUAAACAUUUCAUUUGAUUUCACUUAUAUAUUAUAUUCUAAUUAUAUACAUUUGAAUAUAAUCAUAUUGGAUCUGUUUUUGGAACUGGUGCAACCUCGGUGUGUAUGUGUUCUUUACGUAAACAACUUUCAGAUGAAAUCGAAUGACUACAAAAAUAAACAUGGAUCAGUGAGGACGGUAUAAAUAGUUUGGCUGACAUUGUGAGAAUUUUUAUAUAUUUUUUUAAUUUAUGAGGAAAAAAAUGCCAAAACAAAGCUGAUUUCACAAUAAAUGAAAGCAAAUUUUAUUCAAAAUAAACAAUGUCUCAUUUACACAUUUUGCUGUUGCUACUAACGUACAUUUAUCACUGUUUUAAAUCGCAUUAAUAAGGCCGGGGUAAAGAUUUAAGAUGUUUGUCCUUUUUAUUUCAAUGCAUGCUGACUAUAUGUGGAGUUUGAUCAGCACCAGCUGCCAGUUGCUGUUACAAUCAGAAUCUAAAUUUGUAUACGUGUGAAACGCUCGAGUCUGUGACACAACUGUGUUUUGUCACAGUUUUGAUGGAAAUUUAUAUAUUUUUGAGCUGCAGAGGCUCGGCCUGAUAUGCAAAGAGCUGGCUCUGUUGACAUGUAGCCUGACAGUAGUUUACCCUGGUCUCAUUCCUUCACACACACGCACGUAUACCAGCUUGGAUUCCAGUGUGUCAGUAUUUUCUUCAGUAUUUUUUUUUUUAUAUGAAUUGUUAUCCUGCUGUCGGAGUGAUAUUGCUGCAAAGCUCACAGAUGGAAGUUUGAUGUGAGCGUUAGCUGGACAGAAGUCACAACAUGAAACCAAGCCAGGGCCAAGCCUUUAGCAAAAUUCACUUAAUGACUUUUAGCAGCUUUUUUGUUUUGAAUUGUAUCUUUUUUUUGCCACAUAAAGAUUGUGGGGUUUUUUUCUUUUUGACAUUAAUCUCUAUAAAUUUAAAACUAUUAAUACACGGUAUCCAUAUCCAGAUUGUUUUUACUUUGAGAAAAUAUCUCUUGUGCCAAAUGUGUCAAUGCAAUAAGGUCUUAUACACUGUGGAGUUCUCAGCCUUUUCCUGUGAUUCAACUCCUUUUGGGCUGAACUCUGGGAGGGCUUCAUCUGCUGUGGUGCAUCUUAACCCCAAACUAUACACUGUAACAGACAAACCGAGGUGAAGCCUCCUGUACCGAGUCAUUCAGCAGACACUGUGGUGUUCACCUGUAGCAGAUUGAGAGUACUGGAUGUAGCAGGGGCAAUGUCGACGUUCCAUUACGGGGUUGAGUCUUCAGUUAAAAUGAGAAUGCCUCAUAAAAAGAAAAUGAAUUCUGCUCGUGUAUAUUUGUCUUCUUACAGGUAUUGCCUUAUAGUUUUUGCUUCUUUCAAUGAAUUCAUGAGAGAAAUUUAAGCUUUUUACUGUUAAUGCGGUUAAAUCGACUUUGCUUUUUAAAUGGAGACCUUCAUGUGAUCUUUUCUCUUUGUGGGUGGGGCGUAAGCCUAUGUGGGUCCUGAUUCUUCUGCAAAUAAAAUAUUAAAUAUUUA